AUGUACAAUGGCAUUGGAGUAGCGACAGUCCGAGGAACAGCAACCUCAGGCCAUGUCCAAGCCAAUCGUAGUCAUGUCCGAGGCUCUCGUUUGCGAAGGCAACGAGAAAUGAAUGUCUCACAAGGUCCCAAGCCUUAUCAACCAGUUUCAGCUACAGCUCGUGAAAAAGGAAAUGCGGAUAUUCAAAAGCACAUGCGCAAGCGAGAAUUGGAGAAUCGCUUGCUCGAGUUGCAAGAAGACUUGGAAGAUCAACGCUUCCCAGAGGAGGAAAUCAAACGGCGGGUACAACAGGAGCGCAGUCGACAAGAACGAAUUUGGAAGGAUGAAGAUGAGGCAGAAAAAGCUGCUGGCGAUCGUCCCUUUCGCGGAAGGAGAAUGGAAGGUGGUCGAGGCGGCUGGGAUCGAGGUGGCGGUGGUCGUGGCGGCUGGGGUCGGGGUGGAGGUGGUAGGAAUUAUAAAUCUGAAAACACUCAUGUAGAAGCCCAGAGAAAGGAGGCAGAGAAUAGACGUUUGCGAGAUGCCUUUGGCAUUCGAAGAACUGACCACGUGGAGGGUGCUGCCUUUGAUCGGGAACUGCAAGAAAAGAAACGCCAGGAACGCAUUGCCAAGCACGAAGCGGUUCGCAAAGAAGAAGAGAAGGCACGAAAAAAGAUUGAAAAGGAGCGCAAGAAGGCUGAGAAACUUGCCAAGAAGGAGGCAAAGGCUGAAGCAAAGAAAAACAAGGAGAAAGAUAAGAAGGAGAAAGGAUCAAAGCGAGGAAGAUCCAAGAGACGCAGAUCUCGCUCGUACUCCUCAUCGUCUUCGUCAUCUAGUUCACGAGGCGGAAAGAAGACAAGAGGGCGAUCCAAGAGAUCUAGAUCCUACUCCUCGUCCAGUCGAAGCAGCUACAGCAGUUAUUCGUCAAGAAGCCGCUCCUACUCUUCGGAUUCUUACUCUUCGCAUACUUCCUACAGCUCUCGCUCGUACAGUUCCUCGAGAUCUAGAAGCCGAGGUCGGUCGAGAAAGAAUCGUACUGACCGAAAGAGAUCACUCAGUUCUGGAAGCGGAUCGUAUUCCAGUCGAGAUAGCCGGGACAAAAGCAGAAGAAAGCGUUCCAAACGCGAGGGAUCGCCGAGCUCGGGUCGCAAAAAGGUCGUAAAGGAAACUAGUGAUGACCGAAAGCGAGAGGAGAAAAAGAGCGAAGAAGGGGACGAAGCCAAAGACGAAGGGCGCAAGGACAGUGUAAAAAAGUCGAGAAGCUCUCGCUCACCCUCCGAUUCGAGAUCUCCUUCUCGCGGGCGGCGCUCUCGCUCUCCAAGUGAAGACAGUCGCGACAAGAAACCAAAGGCCAAGAAGGUGGACAGCAAGGACAGUGUAAAAAAGUCGAGAAGCUCUCGCUCACCCUCCGAUUCGAGAUCUCCUUCUCGCGGGCGACGCUCUCGCUCUCCAAGUGAAGACAGUCGUGACAAGAAACCAAAGGCCAAGAAGGUGGAGAGCAAGGACAGUGUCAAAAAGUCGAGACGUGAUCGCUCGCCCUCAGAUUCGAGAUCUCCUUCCCGUGGGCGACGCUCUCACUCUCCAAGUGAAGAUAGUCGUGACAAGAAACCAAAGGCCAAGAAGGUGGAGAAAUCACGACGGGAUCGUUCACCGUCUAGAUCCGAAUCUCGUGAUCGCAAGCGGCAGUCACCUUCCAGAAGUCCAAAAGGCCGUGAUGGAAAAGCCAAGAAGAAGAAGGGACAAGAUGAGGAAGAAGCAAAGCGAGGACGUGCCGAGAAGAAGAAGGCAAAGCGCAGCCGUUCUCCUUCGGCAUCUCCAGCUCGCAAGGGACGUUCUCGUGGCCGUGGAAGAUCUCGCUCCAGCAGCUAUAGUCGAAGUUCUUCCAGAUCAUCCAUUGGGUCGAGGUCACGUUCACGUUCACCUUCUAGAUCCCGAAGCCGCUCUCGCUAG